AUGUCUCAGCGAGAUAAUUCUCCCCUGCGACUCUAUCAUCAUUACAUCUACAUCUCCUUUUGGGUUCUCUUCACCUCCGUGAUCUUCUAUAUCCCGGGCGGGGUCUCCUAUACCAAUGCCUUGCUUCUUGCCUCCGGCGCCGCGACCCAGACAGGUCUGAAUCCCGUCGACCUGAACCGGCUUCAUGUUGCGCAGCAGGCGAUCCUGUGGGUCGUUCCCAUGGUCACCAACGUUGUGUUCAUGCACUCGCUGCUCGUGCUCAUUCGUCUGUAUUGGUUUCGGAGACGGUUUCGAGGCGCUAUCCACGACGCCAAAACGCUCUGUCGGGCGCAGCGAAGGAGAAUGAACCAGGAGCUCAGUGCGCUCGAGGACCAGGAGCGGAACGCUGUGAAUAUCAGCAGACCGAUAGUGCCCCCUUGGCCCGGGAGAGACAAUGAAGAGCAGCCGCUGCUGGGGAGGAUAAAUGAUGAUGACGACGCGAUCUCUCCGCGCAGGUACCAGGCCACGAGCCCUCAUAUCACCUUUGAGGACGAGACAGAGCUGGGGAGCAAACCGCGGCGCCGUUCGAGCAUCGGGUCUCGCCGGCGCUCCAUAUCCGAAUCAAUCGGUGACUCGGGGACCCUGGGCGAUCCUGCCGUUGCUAUGCCAUCUUUGCCCUCCUUGAUGUGGCAAUCCUCCAUCGCCAGCUAUUCCGACUGGAACGAGGCGCAGAAGGAGGAGCUGGGAGGGAUCGAAUAUAGGGCGCUAAAAACGCUGCUGAUCAUCUUGGUCUGCUACUUUUUCGCGUUUCAUGUGCUGGGCACGGUGCUGUUCGUGGCAUGGGUGAUGAUCAGUCGACGACAUGACCCGAUCUUCUCGGACAUCCAGGUCGCCCCUUCCUGGUGGGCUGCGUUCACUGCGGGCUCCGCGUUCAACGAUUUGGGGUAUACCCUGACGAGGAACUCCAUGGCCUCUUUCCGCACCGAUGCCUUCCCCUUGCUGGUCAUGACGUUUCUCAUCGUGAUCGGAAACACGGGGUUUCCGUGUAUGCUGCGGUUAAUCAUUUGGAUUCUAUCCAAGGCCACCUCCUAUGGCACCGCGUUGGACGAGGAGCUGCUAUACCUGCUGAACCACCCACGACGGUGCUUCACGCUGCUCUUCCCUAGUGCCGAAACCUGGCGACUUGCCGCCGUGCUGUUGAUCCUCAACGCAAUUGACCUGGUGAUUUUUUACACGAUGCAAGAGAUCCCCAAUGACGAGCUCACUUCGCCGGGCAUCCGCUUCGUGAACGGACUUUUUCAAAUCGCGUCCACCCGCACGGCCGGGUUCAGCAUCAUCUCACUAGGCCACCUACAUCCCGCCGUGCAAGUCUCCUUCGUGGUGAUGAUGUAUAUUUCCGCAUUCCCCAUCGCCAUCGCCAUCCGGAAGACCAACGUAUACGAAGAAAAGAGUCUCGGCAUCUACGACGAAGACGAGGGCGACGAAGACGAAGCAGCGAAACCCAAUGCGAACCGCGGGCUCGCCGCACACAUCCAGCGCCAGCUCGGGUUCGAUCUCUGGUAUGUGAUGUUGGGUUUUUUCUUCGUCGCAGUGGCAGAGGGACCGCGGCUGCAGCCACACGGCAAAGACAUUGCGUUUUCGCUCUUUCCGAUCCUCUUCGAGAUUGUCUCCGCUUACGGUACGGUGGGGUUAUCGCUGGGGUAUCCCGGGACUCAGACGAGUCUCUGCGCGGAGUUCAACACGGUGUCGAAAUUGAUCGUCAUCGCGAUGCAGGUGCGUGGUCGGCAUCGCGGUCUGCCACAUUCACUGGACCAUGCGAUCCUGUUGCCGUGCGAGGUGCCUCAGGGAGAACAGGGCGAAUGGCCGUGGAAGCGGUGGCUGAAGAGACGGGGGUCGAACCUGAGUAGCUUUUUCCUGCAUGGUGAUACUCACGGGGAGGAAGCGGAGAGAAUAGUGUAG